AUGUAUACCUUCCUGGUGACAGUCCUUCUCAUGGGAAUAGUAAAGAAGAACUCCCUAAGAGAAUACUGGAGCACAGAUCCUAUGUUUGCAACUCCCUUCUUUGCCUCCCUCUUUUCCCAAGAUCGCUUCCUAGUUCUUCUGCGAUGCCUGCAUUUUGUCAACAAUGCUACUGCCAUCCUAAGUGACCCGUUAUACAAAAUAAGAAAUGUUCUUAUCAGCCUGACAUCAGCAUUUGGUCGGGUCUUUGUGCCAUACAAGGACCUAUGCAUUGAUGAGUCCCUGAUGUUAUGGAAAGGUAGGCUGGCGUUCCGUCAAUAUAUUCCCUCCAAAAGGCACAGGUUUGGAGUCAAGUUCUUUGUCAUGUGCGACGUGAAGACAGGAUUUGUCCAGGAUAUUAUAGUUUACACAGGGUCCACCACUGACAUCAAACAUUAUGAGGGGCUUGGGGUGUCAGGGUCCGUGGUGAUGACCAUGCUGGCUCCUCAUCUCGGCAAGGGACACACUUUGUACGUGGACAAUUGGUACAGCAGUCCCACACUCUUCCAGCAUCUGCUCUCCAACAGCACAGGGGCAUGUGGCACAGUCAGGUCGAACAGGAAGGGGAUGCCGGCAUUCGGAUGCAGGAAGAUGCAGAGAGGGGAGGUGGAGUUCCAAGAGAACGGUCAACAGCUGGCAGUAAAGUGGCAUGACAAGCGAGACGUCCAUGUCCUCUCCACUGUCCAUACAGCAACCAUGUCGGCCACAGGGAAGGUGGACCACCUGACCGGAGAGAGAAAGAUCAAACCAGAUUGUGUGCUUGAUUAUAACCUCAAAAUGGGGGCCGUGGAUAAGGCAGACAUGAUAAACAGCUUUGUGGAAUGCACACGGAAAACGAACAAGUGGUAUAAGAAGAUAUUUUUCCAUCUGAUCGACACUGCUGUCCUCAACGGCAGCAUAGUUCACCGCCAACUAACAGGUAAAGUAAUUACCUACCAAAAAUACAGAGAGAACCUCAUGAGAGAGCUGCUGGAGGAGCACCACACCCCUCGGCGCCCAUCCACUGGGGGUCGUCCUGCUGUAGACAAUCCCCUACGCCUCACUGCACGACAUUUUCCCUGCAAAGUCCCUCAAACUGCUUCUCAAGGUAGUCGCACACGGAGGCAUUGCAAAGUCUGCCUGUCUGGCGCCAGGAGAAGUAAGCAGAGGAAGAUGACAAAAUACAUGUGUCUAGCUUGUGAUACACCUCUAUGUAUUUCACCAUGCUUUGAGGAGUAUCACAUGCUCAAGCAUUAUUGA